UUUUUCGCGAUGGUUAUGAAUGAUUUGUAUAUGUCCCAAACAUUAAUUUUUUCAUUUUAAAUAAUCUAAAAGUGUUUCAAGUUAUUAAAUGGCCGUGGAAUCUUCGGAAAAAAGUGAAACUAAAUGGACCUACACGACAUAUAGAUUUAUACUGUGGGCUUAUAUGAUGAAUGAUAUAGCUGUUGUAUUUACUCCUGUGGAUAUGUCACACACGGGUUUUUACAUUUACUCGGUUUUGUAUAUCUUGUUUGCUAUUUUUAUUGGAAUCCCACUCGUUUAUUCGGAAUUGUGCAUUGCACAGUAUACAAACCACAGUAUAGUGUCUAUGUGGAAUUUUUGUCCAAUACUACGCGGUGUUGGUCAUGGUACUGUUUAUUUAAUUGUGUUGAAAACAGUCUAUAUGAUGGUACUUUCAACCUGGUAUCUAGAAUACUCAUUUCAUAGUGCUCUGGACCCACCCCCUUGGUUUUCAUGUGAUGAUUAUGGUGAUCAAAAAUGUAUGGUGAAAAAAGUAAAUGUAUCUACAUUCCAACAUUGCAUAGAGGCGCAAAAACUGUUUAAUGAAGACUGUGGUAUGAAAACAGCAAGUAGAUGUUUUUUUGACAGAGAAAUAGGAAAUAAUAAUACGAAAAACAAGAAUUGUUUGUUCAUUUGGAAGACUUUCCUAUGUGGCUUUUUAUCGAGCUCGGUAGCUCUAUCUACAAGUGGGACUUGGUACGCGACAAAAAUUGGAAUUCACAUUGAAGAAUUUGAUGACCAUUAUUGUUUUUAUAUUUUAUCACAGAGUGUUCUAACUUUUGGAACUGGAUGUGGUAUGAUAGGAUUUUUAUCAAAAAAUAUGCCAUUUCGCAGUCCCGCUCCAAUGACUGCCGUUACGACACCACUUUUGUCAAUUUUUAUUUCUCUGGUUUAUGGAAUUAUCAUAUUCAGUGGUAUUAAAACUGUUUCAUAUUAUCAUGGAGAAGAAGAAAAUGUUGUAGAAGUUGGAAAUACUAUUUUAUUCAAUCCAUUUGCAUCUACAGCUGAAAUAUUAAGUUACUUUGAUAAUUUACCCGUAUGGGGGUUUUGUUGGUUUUCGACAGUUUUUGUUUGUUUAUUCAUAAAUAUGUCUAUACACUGCCUUUGUUUAUUGGAAUUACUGACAAGCAAUUAUAAAACGGCCCAUAAGUAUAAUAACUUAAGUUGUUUUAUUCUAAGCUUCCUUAUUGGCAUAAUUUCUUGGCCGUUUUACUGUUCAGAUCUCGCAGUGGUUCUAACAGAUGUUACUCAAAUUAUUCAACUCACGAGCAACUUGUUCUUUUCCGUAGGAAUAUAUUGGAUAUACGGCUUUCAAAAGCACAAUGUGGACAUUAUAUUUAUGAUUGGUGUAAAGGCAAGUUAUUUUUGGAAAUUUUCUUGGAUAACCAGUCCGAUAUGGAUCAUCUUUAUUAUUUACACCAAAUUAAAUCACCUUCAAAUAAAUAGCAGUGAGAGUUCUUAUUAUAUUUCUUCAUUAUUCAUACACGUAGAUCAACUCUUAAUUUUUGUUUUGUGCGGGAUCUACAUUUUUAUUAUAAUUAUUGGAACGUGUAACGAAUUAAGAAGGUUUUAUAAAUACGAUACAGUGUGGAAUAUUUGUCGUCCUUAUAAAAAUUGGGGUCCUCAAGAUAAGAUUUUAUUUCGAAGUAGAAAUAUGUUCGUACCUGAGAUUAUGACAAGAGAAUUUUUAUAUAGACAAGUCAGAAUCCAUGGUUACAUAAAAAAUUACAAUAAAUUUAAACAGAAAGUCAACGUCCAAGCAGUGCAGGAACCGACAGAAACGCUUGAUUGGAGUGCCUUGACUUCUAACUAGAAAUAUGAAUCCAUAAUU